AAGAUUCUGUUAGAUUCAUGUUUGUUUGGUUAUCACUGGAGGCAAAAAAAAUCUCUUCGUUUCGUUCACAUAAAAAUUUCAGAGCUUCGAAAAUCAGAGUCAAAAUAUGAGCAAUUUGAGAACCCUAUGCAAACCUCACACAGUGUUCUCCUUUAUCAAUUGUAGACACCAAUUUCGAUUCAGGGCUUCGUUUUGGAACCCUAAUUCCAAACCCCUUUUGCAAUCUUCUUGGUUGUUUUCUACAUGGCUUGUUACUUCGGGUUCAAGCAGACCCAUGCCACGGUUUCGGCUGAAUCAGAAGAGAACUGUGGCGAAAGCAAUCAAUUGGGAUCAACAAAAGACCCCGUAUGAAACUCUUGAAUUGGAAGGAGAUGAGGACGACGAGAAGAUAAAGAUUGCGUAUAGACGUCUCGCCAAAUUUUAUCAUCCAGAUGUCUAUGAUGGAAGAGGAACACUCGAGGAAGGUGAAACAGCAGAAGCUAGGUUUAUCAAGAUUCAAGCUGCUUAUGAAUUGCUUAUAGAUGCAGAGAGACGAAAACAAUAUGACAUGGAUAAUCUGGUCAACCCUAUGAAGGCAUCUCAAGCAUGGAUGGAGUGGCUUAUGAAAAAACGAAAAGCUUUUAGUCAGCGGGGUGAUAUGGCAAUUGGUGCUUGGGCCGAGCAGCAACAGCGCGAGUUGAAUGUUCGCGUACGUCAACUUUCUCGCUCAAAGAUUGAUCCAGAUGAAGCAAGGAAGAUUUUAGCAAGAGAAAAGAAGGCUUCAGCUGAACAUUUCAGCAGUACCCUUAAAAGGCAGACACUUAUACUGAAGAAGAGAGAUCUAAUGCGAAAAAAGGCCGACGAUGAUAUGAAGAAGACUAUCGGCCAGCUCUUAGCCGCAGAAGGUCUUGAGCUUGAUGACAGUGACGAGAAAUCGUAGCGAACCUGAACUGAGUUUCCAUUUACCUGUUGUUGAUAUGUGAUCCAUUACCAUAAUGUCUCCCUCCAUGGAUCUGAUUAUUCUUUAAUUAUUAAUAUACAUAAGAUAUAUAUGUACAUAUAUUUUGUUACUUUCAUGCUAAAUUGAAUGAGAAAUUAUCUUUUCAGUGA